AUGGAUAUAGGCACCAAGGCAAGCAAGGCCGCCUUCUCCAUUGAGAAUAUCUUGGAGCAGAAGACGAGAACCGCACCUGCCGAGACCUUGCAUCGAUCCCAAUCGCGUCGUGGCUCCUCUCAAAGCCCAGUGGCACAGCAGCCGCCCCAAGUAGCCAUGCCCAAGGCACUGGCCAUGCCCAGUUCCGGUUCACAGUCAUCCGCCGCCUCUCCUGCAACAUCUGCCACCAAUAUCUACGAUCUGUCACGGGAGGCAGUAGCUGCGCAGUAUGCUCUCAAGAAUCUGGACACCAGUCCUGUGCUGGCACCCACCACGCUGCGCUUUAAUCCCAUCUACCCGGAUCCUGCCUCGCUGUUCUACCAGCAGGUGCUCAACCUGCAGAAGAAUCCCUCGCUGUUCAUGCCCCACUUCCAGGCAGCCGCUGUGGCCGCCGCAGCCGCCGUCCAGCCUACAGGAUAUUGCGAUCAAUACAGUCCCUUUGCCAUGGAUUGUGAAGGCUUCACUAAUCCAGCCACCGCAGCAGCUGCCCUCUAUUGCAAUGCCUAUCCGGCGGCUAGCUUCUACAUGUCCAACUUUGGGGUUAAGCGCAAAGGUGGCCAAAUCCGCUUCACCUCCCAGCAGACAAAAAAUCUCGAGGGGCGUUUCGCCAGCUCCAAGUACCUGUCACCCGAGGAGCGCCGCCAUUUGGCGCUUCAACUGAAGCUGACUGACCGCCAGGUGAAGACAUGGUUCCAAAACCGGCGGGCCAAAUGGCGACGGGCCAAUCUCAGCAAGCGCAGUGCAUCCGCCCAAGGAACAGCCGCUGCAGCGUCCUCUUCCGCCUCCACUUCCAGUAACAGUGCUCCAGUCCUAAGUCUAGGAAGCGGGAGCAGGAGUGGCCAACAGAGCGAUGAGGAGGAUCGUAUGUAUCUAUCCGAGGAUGAUGAGGACGACGAAGAUGAGGAGGAAGAGGGGGAGGAUGCUGCUGCCGAUCCUGUCCUAAAGUGAAGCUCAAA